AUAUGAUGUGGCUGAGUUAUGUAAAUUGGUUUUUCAUGUGAGCAGAUGGAAUAUUGGAAAUCACACCGGACGCUUAAAUGUGCAAGGGAAAUCGAUGAGGGCACACCUGAGUGUGGUUUUGAACUCUUGCCUUCUUACUUAUACAUGAUAAGAAGGGCAAAUCCGAAUACAGUUACGCGUCUUCAAAUCGAUGAGCUUGGAAGAUUCAUGUAUGUGUUUCUUGCGUUUGGUGCGAGCGUUAAUGGGUUUCCUUUCAUGCGCAAAGUUGUUGUCGUCGACGGUACGUUUCUUAAUGGUAAAUAUAAAGGGACGCUACUCACAGCACUAGCUCAGGAUGGUAACUUUCAGAUUUUUCCAAUAGCCUUCGCAGUGGUUGACACUGAAAAUGAUGAUUCGUGGAAUUGGUUUUUUACGCAACUAAAAGUGUUGAUUCCUGACCAGGAGGGUCUUGCGAUAAUAUCAGAUAGGCAUAACUCGAUAGGGAAAGCAAUUACAAAUGUGUAUCCGUUAGCUGCUCGUGGAAUAUGCACCUAUCAUUUUUAUAAAAACAUAUUGGGACGGUACAAAGGAAAAGAUGUAUUUCGGCUGGUGAAGAAAGCGGCGAGAUGUUUUAGAAUGUCUGACUUUGAUAUGAUUUUCGUGGAGAUUGAAGCACUUAAUCCUGAUCUCCACGGCUACCUCGAAAGAGCUGAUGUCAGACUGUGGACACGUGUUUAUUUCCCGGACGAGAGGUACAAUUUGAUGACUACAAACAUAGCGGAAUCAAUGAACAGAGCAUUAUCGCAUGCUAGAGGUCUUAACAUUGUUCGAAUAUUGGAAUCGAUACGGGUUAUGAUGACCAGAUGGUUUGCUGAACGAAGAGUGGAUGCCAGAUCGCAGUCAACCACACUCACGCGCGGUGUGGAGAAACUAUUACAAGGACGUGUAAGUGCCUCCCGGGAUUGGACGGUUCAAAGGAUUGAUGACCAUCACACUGAAGUUAAAUAUGGCGCUGCUGGCGAGUCUUUGAAUGUUGUUAAUUUGGUUGAGCGAAAGUGCACAUGUCGGCGUUUCGAUGUCGAGAAAAUACCAUGUGUACACGCAAUCGCAGCUGCAGAGGAAAGAAAUGUUUCUCGUAUAUCACUGUGCAGUCCUUACUAUAAAAGCACUUAUUUAGCUAGAGCAUACGCUGAAUCGGUCAUGCCGGUUGACUCAGCGCUACCUGUUCCAGAUAACGUGGCUAACGUACAGUGCUUUCCACCGUUUAUUCGUCAACAACCGGGAAGACCUAAAAAAAAUAGGAUGAAAUCUGCUUUAGAAGUUGUACUUGCAAACAAACGUCCUAGGAAAGAGCACAUAUGUUCUCGUUGCAGUCAAAGUGGAAAUAAUGCGAGAACUUGUCCGAUAUAAGCAAUUGCUUUUCAUGUUGUUUUGUAAUACGGCUGGGUUUUGUGUUGUAAUACGGCUGGGUUUUGUGUUGUAAUACGGCUGGGUUUUAUUUUCAUUGAUUUGCACAACGGCUGGAUUAUUAAUUGUAAUACGGCUGGGUUUUGUGUUGUAAUACGGCUGGGUUUGUUGUAAUGUUUUAUGACGGCUGCGUUAAUGUUUUUCAAAUUUUAUAUUGUGGUUGGGUUUUUAUUUUCAUUGAUUUGCACUACGGCUGGAUUAUUACUUGACCAAUAUAAGCAAGUCUUGUAUUGGCAUUUUCGGGGACUAGCCCGCUUCCCAUUACUCAAGAGAGACACAGACAUCGAAAAACGAAAUGUCCGUACUUAAUUGCCCUACGUUACGUAAUAGCCCCUACGUAAUUAUUGAUUUUAAAGUGGAAUACGAAAGUAGCGAAUUAAAUUAAGAGAAAUUAAUCUUUAUUGGCUGAGAUAAUGUUACUCACACGCCUAAUAAUUGUCGUGAUUUCUAAUGUCAGCUCUUUUAUUCAAACGCAGUUGAAAAAAACUUCCCCGCUAGAAACACGAAACGUCGCGAAGUCAACUAAGGCUGAGUUAUUGUAAUACACGGCUGAGUUAUGGAUUAAAUUCCCGCUCAAAAUAAGAAAUAAGAAACGCCGCGAUACGAAACUACCACCGUUAACUGCAGAUAAAUAAGGUACUUCUCAAACAAUUACACAUCUUCAACUCUCUAUGUUUUACACAACUGUCCUCUCAGAGAAAAUGGAAUAUUUCCCUCUGCUUGAAUUGCCUGAAGAUCUUCAGGCAAUGGUGGUUGAACGUGUGGCCCAUAACUCCUUCCAAGAUCUCUACCGCCUCAGAGCAUCGUCCAGAUCGAUGAAGGCGUUAGCAGAGAUGCGUAGGGUAUAUCAUUAUUUCGAUGUGUUAUCCUUUCCCUGGGGUCUCAUUAUGCCAUCUCAGUUGUUGAAAACUUGCUACGCUGAGAACAAUCCAAGCACAAUUUAUGUAAAGGGUGUACAGUUUUUCUACUCAUACGAUGAGCAAGAUUAUGGCCUUUCUCUCAUCAAGCAUGCAGCAGAUGCAGGAUAUGAGCGUGCAGUGUAUACACACGCUAUGACUCAAGCAAUCUUUUACGGUGAUGCGCAGUAUUUUCGGAGAAUUCCAAGAGCAACUGUUGACAGGGUCGGGAAACUUGUUCGAGAUGCGAAAUGGGGAUGGGGUUUGUGGCAUACUGACGAGUUCCGUCAAAUUAAGGCCAUGUUCACUUCUACUUAUGUUCCGUCCUUCUACCUUUGCCAAUGUGCAAAUGUUGUGGACCGACAAUGUCUCUGCCUAUGGCACAUUGAUGUGACUAAGGACGACAACAUGUGUGAGCGCUGUUUCUGGAUCAAAGAGAUUUCCUUGUUCUUUCGUGAUUUUGAACCGAUAAGCCUGUUUAGGGACACAAGUAACUGGUGAAGAUGUCUCUGCAUCAGAAUCUUAUCUUUUUAUGUUUUUUCCUAUGCCAUUAUGUAUGUCGAACAAAAAAAUUAUAUAUUCUGUUUUUAUGGCUGACUUAUUUUCUUAUGGCUGAGUUAUUUUCAUCUUAUGGCUGACUUAUUUUCAUCUUAUGGCUGAGUUAUUUUCAUCUUAUGGCUGACUUAUUUUCAUCUUAUGGCUGAGUUAUUUUCAUCUUAUGGCUGAGUUAUUUUCAUCUUAUGGCUGACUUAUUUUCAUCUUAUGGCUGAGUUAUUCUCAUUUAUUCAUCAAACACUUCAUCUUUUCCGCUUUACCGAGUUCUUUCUCCAACCGACCAACGUCUACUCUCAGAUCUGAUAUGCCUUUGGUCAUGUCACUCAUCAUCGAUUUCAUAUCUUCUACCUCUUCCACCAAGCACUCGUCCGCCCAUUUGAAUAAAUGUCUCUGAUUUCACCAACAUGCCCAGCUCUUAGUAUCACAUUGACAGUAUAAUGAAUAAAAUUAAAAAUCAAACCUUAAUAUAUCCUUUGCGACAGCAAUAGUACAGUCUUCCUGGAUUAGCCCGUGAUGCAGAUGUACAUAAUUCAGCGGGUUCACCACACCAACACUGUUUCGGCGUUCCUCUUUCCACAUGCCGGCGGUGAAAGUAAGUGUUACCAGACACAGAUGAUGAAGAAGACAUUUUCUUUGAAUGAAAGAGAAAUUGGUGUGAAAGACAAAGUUAAAACAAUAGUGGUAGUAAUAUAAAAUCAUUUUUU